AUAAAUAGAUGGAAAUAAUAACACCCGAGUAUCCAGCAUGGGCAUUGAUUAAAAAUAACCCCUAAAAUAAAGCGGUUUCUUGGUUCACACGAGAGGGACUCCCCCGAUUCUCAAGUCUCUCCCCCCCAAACAUAUCACAAUAAAUUAGGUAUUCCACCUUUUAUUUUUUCCCCCAAACACGCAUGCAAAUCGUUUUUCUUUUUCUAAUUCUUUUCUGACACACACACAAAUUUCGAAGCUCUGGAUUCCACCUCUUCCCGUCCUCGCCGACGGUGCUUAUGCCGGUUGGUUUCCAGAUUGCACCGGACUUGGAUUUAAAGGGAUUUAGCUUUCCUUUCAAGACAUGGAGAAAGCCUGCUUCUGGUCAAAUUGCAACCUUUUCCGGGUUUUUUUAUUCCAAGAAGCACUUGAUUGGCGGUUUAUUGUCCAUGGAGAUUCUCUUUUGGUUUCUUUUGUCAAUUGCACUUAGUGCCCAGCCUCCUCUUAAUACUCAACACGGAGCCGCAAUGCAUUUUUUUUUCUAAGAUAGGUGCUAGAUCUUUAGCACACUUGUGUAAUGCAUUGUUGAUACAACAUGCAGUCAUCAGAAAACACCUUCCAGGGCUUGUAGUAAUUGAGUGAAAGUUGCUUACUAAGCAUUAGCAUUAGUAGUUCUUAGUUAAUGUUUUGCUGUUUGUCCUGAUGGAUACUGAUUAAUGAGGGUAUGUUGGUUUGCUGAGCAUUCUGCAACUGCUUCUAUUUAGUAUAGAUGAGUUAACUGCAAUUAAGCUCUUGAACUGAGUGAGUGUAUCUUGAGCUUGGAAUCCUUCCUUUUGGCUGGAGCAAUCAUUCUGAUCGUAUCAGUAUGUUUUGUGGAGCUCAUCCAUUCCUUUCGUUGAUGCCUUUUUUUGGUCUUGAAGCUGCGGGUUUGAUACCAAAUAAGGCUUUGAAGCCCAUCCACCAUAAAAACACUGGCUUAAUGUUAUUGCACGUUUCCAGCCGAAAUUAAUGGUGGAUUUAGCUGAUCGCCAAAGCAGUUUGUUUAUGUUUUAUAGUUUUAAGUACAAGCCAUCUUUUACCGAAGAUAAUUGUCACAUGUCUAUCCUUGGUUCUUAUAAAUCUCCUGAAUAAAGAAAGGGCUAAUUUUUGUUCCGCAAGAAAAUGGACAGGUACAAGUUAAUUAAGGAAGUUGGAGAUGGAACAUUUGGGAGGGUGUGGCGAGCUAUUCAUAAGCAGUCUGGGGAAAUUGUUGCGAUUAAGAAAAUGAAGAAGAAAUAUUACUCGUGGGAAGAGUGUGUGAAUCUGAGAGAAGUUAAGUCACUGCAGAGAAUGAAUCAUCCAAAUAUCGUGAAGCUUAAGGAAGUCAUCAGGGAACAUGACAUUUUAUACUUUGUUUUUGAAUACAUGGAAUGCAACCUUUACCAACUUAUGAAAGACAGGGAAAAACUUUUUUCUGAAGUUGAAAUCAGAAAUUGGUGUUUCCAAGUCUUCCAAGGUCUUGCAUACAUGCACCAGCGUGGAUAUUUUCAUCGCGACCUAAAGCCUGAGAAUUUGUUGGUUACUAAAGAUAUAAUCAAAAUUGCUGAUUUUGGUCUUGCACGUGAAAUAAAUUCAAGUCCACCAUACACUGAGUAUGUCUCAACACGCUGGUAUCGUGCCCCUGAAGUACUCCUUCAAUCAUACCUGUAUACUUCAAUAGUUGAUAUGUGGGCGAUGGGUGCAAUCAUGGCUGAGUUAUUCACCUUACGUCCUCUUUUUCCUGGAACAAGUGAAGCAGAUGAGAUCUACAAAAUUUGUAGUGUAAUAGGUACUCCAACUAAGGAUUCAUGGCCUGAUGGGCUUAAUCUUGCAAGGGCUAUAAACUACCAAUUCCCACAGUUUGCUGGUGUGCAUCUGUCUGCAUUGAUACCAUCAGCAAGCGACGAUGCAAUCAGCCUUAUUACAUCUCUCUGUUCGUGGGAUCCUUGCAAAAGGCCAACUGCUGCCGAGGCCCUUCAACAUCCAUUCUUUCAGGGUUGUUUUUAUGUUCCUCCAUCUCUUCGUCCCAGAAUAGCUGUUUCUAGAACUCCUCCAUCUGCUGGGGUUAGAGGAACAUUGGAACAGCAAUCUGUUAGGAGGUAUUCUGGGGCUCAGCCCAAUGGGAAAUUCACUGGCAGUUUUUCUUCUCUGAAAACAAAUGCUUCCUUCAGCACAGGUGCUGAUUGUGCGCAACGCAAGCCUGAGUUGCUUAAUCAGGAUCUGAGAAAGAAUGAUAAACCCUUGAAGAACUAUAGCAAACAAACAAGGUAUUGGCCACCUGGAAGAAGGACAACAACAAUAUCAAUGAACAAGGAUAGAAAUGGACGUGGAGCUGGGGCUUCAGAGGUGGUGGAGAAGUUGGGAAAUGUGACAAUUGGAAGUCGGAGGCAGUAUGGUGGACAAAUAGGGGCACCACCUAUGAAGGCUGGGGUGCAGUGGACUGCGGAAUCUAAUGACAUGUUUCUGAGGCCAACCCAACAGAUACCGUCUGGCAGAACUUUUACCAGAAAAGUAGCGGGAUGAGAUAGCUCCGCGUCAUGCCUUUAUAUGCUUCAUACUGAUACUGCUAAUAAUAAAUAACAAUUCUACUACUACUACUAAUAAUAAUGCAUGUCAUUCAAUACAUGGAUACAAAGAAUGAGUGCUUUGGUUUGUUUUCUUUUGUUCUGUUGGAGUGGUUGUGCGUAGCAAUAACCCAUACAAUAAAACAUGGUUUCUGUUACAACCAAGUGAUUGGAUUUGCUUCUUCCUAUUGACGUUGCUUGAUAAUGAAAUGUGAGCUGUUUGUGUUUUUCUUCA